AUGGGGCCGGCCGGAGGUGUGGCUCCAGUCGCUGAGGCCCUGGGCUGGGCCCGCUCUGGGAGGUCCCUGCGUUGCAAGCUGCGGCGAGGCCUUCGCGGGCCAGCGGUGCCAGGCGCACAGCCCCUGCCUCAGCGCCCCCUGCAAGAACGCGGGGACCUGCCACGUGCUGGAGCGCGGCGGCGUGCUGGCCUACACCUGCAGCUGCCGCCUGGGCUUCUCCGGGCCCCUCUGCCUGACGCCCUGGGACAACGCCUGCCUCGCUGCCGUGUCUGCCACAGCUGCGGCGAGGCCUUCGCGGGCCAGCGGUGCCAGGCGCACAGCCCCUGCCUCAGCGCCCCCUGCAAGAACGCGGGGACCUGCCACGUGCUGGAGCGCGGCGGCGUGCUGGCCUACACCUGCAGCUGCCGCCUGGGCUUCUCCGGGCCCCUCUGCCUGACGCCCUGGGACAACGCCUGCCUCGCCAGCCCCUGCCGUAACGGCGGCACCUGCGACCUGCUCACGCUCACAGAGUACAAGUGCCGCUGUCCACCGGGCUGGUCAGGGAAGACGUGCCAGCAGGCUGACCCGUGCGCCUCCAACCCCUGUGCCAACGGCGGCCAGUGCCUGCCCUUCGAGGCCUCGUACAUCUGCGGCUGCCCGGCCGGCUUCCACGGGCCCACCUGCCGGCAGGACGUGAACGAGUGCAGCCAGAGCCCCGGGCCCUGCCUCAACGGCGGCACCUGCCUCAACGAGCUGGGCUCCUACCGCUGCGCCUGCCGCGCCAGCCACACCGGCCCCCACUGCGAGCUGCCCUACGUGCCCUGCAGCCCCUCCCCCUGCCAGAACGGCGGCACCUGCCGCCCCACGGGGGACACCACGCAUGAGUGCGCCUGCCUGCCAGGGUUCACCGGCCACAGCUGUGAAGAAAACAUCGACGACUGUCCAGGACACGGCUGCCAGAACGGGGGCACCUGCGUGGACGGGGUGAACACCUACAACUGCCGCUGCCCGCCGGAGUGGACAGGCCAGUACUGCACCAAGGACAUGGACGAGUGCCAGCUGAUGCCCAACGCCUGCCAGAACGGCGGGACCUGCCACAACGCCAACGGCGGCUUCAACUGCGUGUGCGUCAACGGCUGGACGGGUGAGGACUGUAGUGAGAACAUCGACGACUGCGCCAGCGCCGCCUGCUUCCACGGCGCCACCUGCCACGACCGCGUGGCCUCCUUCUACUGCGAGUGUCCCCACGGCCGCACCGGCCUGCUGUGCCACCUCAACGACGCCUGCAUCAGCAACCCCUGCAACGAGGGCUCCAACUGCGACACCAACCCCGUCAACGGCAAGGCCAUCUGCACCUGCCCUUCGGGGUACACGGGGCCAGCCUGUAGCCAGGACGUGGAUGAGUGUUCGCUGGGCGCCAACCCCUGUGAGCACAAAGGCAGGUGCAUCAACACGCUGGGCUCCUUCGAGUGCCAGUGUCUGCAGGGCUACACCGGCCCCCGCUGUGAGAUCGACGUCAACGAGUGCGUCUCGAACCCGUGUCAGAACGACGCCACCUGCCUGGACCAGAUCGGGGAGUUCCAGUGCAUCUGCAUGCCCGGCUACGAGGGCGUGCACUGCGAAGUGAACACGGACGAGUGUGCCAGCAGCCCCUGCCUGCAGAACGGCCGCUGCCUGGACAAGAUCAAUGGGUUCCUGUGCCAGUGCCCCACAGGCUUCACCGGGAGCCUGUGCCAGUACGAUGUGGACGAGUGCGCAAGCACACCCUGCAGGAACGGCGCCAAGUGCCUGGACGGGCCCAACACCUACACCUGCGUGUGCACGGAGGGCUACACGGGGCCCCACUGCGAGGUGGACAUCAACGAGUGCGACCCCGACCCCUGCCACUACGGGUCCUGCAAGGACGGCGUCGCCACCUUCACCUGCCUGUGCCAGCCGGGCUAUACCGGCCACCACUGCGAGACCAACAUCAACGAGUGCCACAGCCAGCCCUGCCGCCACGGGGGCACCUGCCAGGACCGCGACAACGCCUACCAGUGCCUCUGCCUCAAGGGGACCACAGGACCCAACUGUGAGAUCAACCUGGACGACUGUGCCAGCAGCCCCUGUGACUCGGGCACGUGUCUGGAUAAGAUCGAUGGCUUCGAGUGUGCGUGUGAGCCAGGCUACACAGGAAGCAUGUGCAACAUCAACAUCGAUGAGUGUGCCGGGGACCCCUGCCACAAUGGGGGCACCUGCCAGGACGGCAUCAACGGCUUCAGCUGCCGCUGCCCGGAGGGCUACCACGACCCCACGUGCCUGUCUGAGGUGGACGAGUGCGACAGCAACCCCUGCAUCCACGGGGUCUGCCGGGACGGCCUCAACGGGUACAAGUGUGACUGUGAGCCUGGGUGGAGCGGGGCCAGCUGCGACAUCAACAAUAACGAGUGCGAGUCCAACCCCUGUGUCAACGGUGGCACCUGCAAGGACAUGACCAGCGGCUACGUGUGCGCCUGCCGGGAAGGCUUCAGUGGCCCCAACUGCCAAACCAACAUCAACGAAUGUGCAUCCAACCCGUGUCUGAACCAGGGCACGUGUAUCGAUGACGUGGCCGGGUACAAGUGCAACUGCCUGCUGCCCUACACAGGAGCCACGUGUGAGGUGGUGCUGGCCCCAUGUGCCCCUGGCCCCUGCAGGAACGGUGGCGCGUGCAAGGCGUCUGAGGACUAUGAGAGCUUUUCCUGCGUCUGCCCCCCGGGCUGGCAGGGGCAGACCUGCGAGGUCGACAUCAACGAGUGUGUGAAGAGCCCGUGCCGCAACGGAGCCUCCUGCCAGAACACCAACGGCGGCUACCGCUGCCACUGCCCGGCGGGCUACACGGGGCGCACCUGCGAGACGGACAUCGACGACUGCCGGCCCAACCCAUGCCACAACGGUGGCUCCUGCACAGACGGUGUCAACAUGGCCUUCUGCGGCUGCCUGCCUGGCUUCCAGGGCACCUUCUGUGAGGAGGACAUCGACGAGUGUGCCAGCAACCCCUGCCACAACGGCGCCAACUGCACCGACUGUGUGGCCAGCUACACCUGCACCUGCCCCACAGGCUUCAGCGGGAUCCAUUGCGAGAACAACACGCCCGACUGCACGGAGAGCUCCUGCUUCAAUGGUGGCACCUGUGUGGACGGCAUCAACUCCUUUACCUGCCUGUGUCCACCGGGCUUCACGGGCAGCUACUGCCAGCACGACGUCAACGAGUGUGACUCGCGUCCCUGCCUGCACGGUGGCACCUGCCAGGAUAGCUAUGGCACGUACAAGUGCAGCUGCCCGCAGGGCUACACCGGCCUCAACUGCCAAAACCUCGUGCGCUGGUGUGACUCCUCGCCUUGCAAGAACGGUGGCAAGUGCUGGCAGACCAACACCCAGUACCGCUGCGAGUGCCACAGCGGCUGGACCGGCCUCUACUGCGACGUGCCCAGUGUUUCCUGUGAGGUGGCCGCAUGGCAGCAAGGCAUCGACGUGACUAGCCUGUGCCGGAACGGGGGCCUCUGCAUGGACGCAGGCAGCACGCACCACUGCCGCUGCCAGGCGGGCUACACCGGCAGCUACUGCGAGGACCAGGUGGAUGAGUGCUCACCCAACCCCUGCCACAACGGCGCCACCUGCACGGACUACCCCGGCGGCUACUCCUGCAAGUGCGUGGCCGGCUACCAUGGGGUGAACUGCUCCGAGGAGAUCAACGAGUGCCUGUCCCACCCGUGCCAGAAUGGGGGCACCUGCAUCGACCUCACCAACACGUACAAGUGUUCCUGUCCCCGGGGCACUCAGGGCGUGCACUGUGAGGUAGACGUGGACGACUGCAGCCCCCCCAUCGACCCCGUGUCCCGGGGCCCCAAGUGCUUCAACAACGGCACCUGCGUGGACCAGGUGGGCGGCUACAGCUGCACCUGCCUGCCCGGCUUCGUGGGCGAGCGCUGUGAGGGCGAUGUCAACGAGUGCCUGUCCAACCCCUGUGACGCCCGCGGCACCCAGAACUGCGUGCAGCGCGUCAAUGACUUCCACUGCGAGUGUCGUGCCGGCCACACCGGGCGCCGCUGCGAAUCGGUCAUCAACGGCUGCAAAGGGAAGCCAUGCCAGAAUGGGGGCACCUGCGCCGUGGCCUCCAACACGGCCCGCGGGUUCAUCUGCAAAUGCCCGGAGGGCUUCGAAGGCGCCACGUGCGAGAACGACGCACGCACCUGCGGCAGCCUGCGGUGCCUGAACGGCGGCACCUGCACCUCGGGCCCGCGCAGCCCCACCUGCCUGUGCCGGAGCGCCUUCACCGGCCGCGAGUGCCAGUUCCCGGCCGGCAGCCCCUGCGUGGACAGCAACCCCUGCUACAACCAGGGCACCUGCGAGCCCACGUCCGAGAGCCCGUUCUACCGCUGCCUGUGCCCCGCCAAGUUCAACGGGCUCCUGUGCCACAUCCUGGACUACAGCUUCCGGGGGGGCGUGGGGCUGGACAUCACUCCGCCGCAGAUCGAGGAGGCGUGCGAGCUGCCCGAGUGCCAAGCGGAGGCCGGCAACAAGGUGUGCAGCCUGCGGUGCAACAACCACGCGUGCGGCUGGGACGGCGGCGACUGCUCCCUCAACUUCAACGACCCGUGGCAGAACUGCACGCAGUCGCUGGAGUGCUGGAAGUACUUCAGCAACGGCCGCUGCGACAGCCAGUGCAGCUCGGCCGGCUGCCUCUUCGACGGCUUCGACUGCCAGGGCACGGACGGCCAGUGCAAGUGCGGCGGCCGCUGGCGCAGGGAGCUGGACCCGAUGGACGUCCGCGGGUCUAUCGUCUACCUGGAGAUCGACAACCGGCAGUGUGUCCAGUCGUCCUCACAGUGCUUCCAGAGCACCACGGACGUGGCCGCCUUCCUGGGGGCGCUGGCCUCGCUGGGCAGCCUGAACAUCCCCUACAAGAUUGAGGCUGUGCAGAGUGAGACGGUGGAGCCACCGCCCUCCCCACCGCUGCACUUCAUGUACGUGGCCGUGGUCGCCCUCGUCCUGCUGAUCUUCGUGGGCUGCGGGGUCCUGCUGUCCCGCAAGCGGCGGCGGCAGCAUGGCCAGCUCUGGUUCCCCGAGGGCUUCAAGGUGUCGGAGGCCAGCAAGAAGAAGCGGCGGGAGCCCCUGGGCGAGGACUCCGUGGGCCUCAAGCCCCUGAAAAAUACCUCGGACGGCGCCCUCAUGGAUGACAACCAGAACGAGUGGGGUGACGAGGAUCUGGAGACCAAGAAGUUCCGGUUCGAGGAGCCAGUGGUUCUUCCUGACCUGGAUGACCAGACAGACCACCGACAGUGGACCCAGCAGCACCUGGACGCCGCCGACCUGCGUGUGUCCGCCAUGGCCCCCACACCGCCCCAGGGCGAGGCCGACACCGACUGCAUGGACGUCAACGUCCGUGGGCCUGACGGCUUCACGCCUCUGAUGAUAGCCUCGUGCAGCGGAGGGGGCCUGGAGACCGGCAACAGCGAGGAGGAGGAGGACGCACCGGCCGUCAUCUCGGACUUCAUCUAUCAGGGCGCCAGCCUGCACAACCAGACGGACCGCACCGGUGAGACCGCCCUGCACCUGGCCGCCCGCUACUCACGCUCUGACGCGGCCAAGCGCCUACUGGAGGCCAGCGCCGACGCCAACAUCCAGGACAACAUGGGGCGCACGCCGCUGCACGCGGCUGUGUCUGCCGACGCCCAGGGCGUCUUCCAGAUCCUGAUCCGGAACCGAGCCACAGACCUGGACGCCCGCAUGCACGACGGCACGACGCCGCUGAUCCUGGCCGCCCGGCUGGCCGUGGAGGGCAUGCUGGAGGACCUCAUCAACUCCCAUGCCGACGUCAACGCCGUGGAUGACCUGGGCAAGUCCGCCCUGCACUGGGCCGCGGCCGUGAACAACGUGGACGCCGCCGUGGCGCUGCUGAAGCAUGGUGCCAACAAGGACAUGCAGAACAGCAAGGAGGAGACGCCGCUGUUCCUGGCCGCCCGGGAGGGCAGCUACGAGACGGCCAAGGCACUGCUGGAGCACUGUGCCAACCGGGACAUCGCCGACCACAUGGACCGCCUGCCGCGGGACAUCGCACAGGAGCGCAUGCACCACGACAUCGUGCGGCUGCUGGACGAGCACGGCCUGGCGCGCGGCGCCCCCCUGGGCGGCGCGCCCACCCUGUCGCCCCCGCUCUGCUCGCCCAGCGGCUACCUGGGCAGCCUCAGGCCCGCCGUGCAGGGCAAGAAGGCCCGCAAGCCCAGCACCAAGGGCCUGGCUAGUGGAGGCAAGGAGGCCAGGGACCUCAAGGCCCGGAGGAAGAAGUCCCAGGACGGCAAGGGCUGCCUGCUGGACAGCGCGAGCGUGCUGUCCCCCGUGGACUCCCUCGAGUCGCCCCACGGCUACCUGUCGGACGUGGCCUCGCCACCCCUCCUGCCUUCCCCCUUCCAGCAGUCUCCGUCCGUGCCCCUCAGCCACCUGCCGGGCAUGCCCGACACCCACCUGGGCCUCAGCCACCUGGGUGUGGCGGCCAAGCCCGAGAUGGCAGCGCUGGGCGGGGGCGGCCGGCUGGCCUUCGAGGCUGGGCCGCCACGCCUCUCCCACCUGCCUGUGGCUUCCAGCACCAGCACAGUCCUGGGUUCUGGCAGUGGCAGCGGGGCCGUGAAUUUUGCCGUGGGCGGAACCACGGGCUUGAACGGCCAGUGCGAGUGGCUGUCUCGACUGCAGAGUGGUCUGGUGCCAAACCAGUACAACCCACUGCGAGGGAGCGUGGCCCCGGGCACGCUGAGCACACAGGCCCCUGCCCUGCAGCACGGCAUGAUAGGUCCGCUGCACGGCGGCCUCUCCGCCACUGCCCUGUCCCAGAUGCUAAGCUACCAGGCCCUGCCCAACACGCGGCUGACCACCCAGCCUCACCUGGUGCCGACCCAGCAGGUGCAGCAGCAGCAAAACUUACAGAUGCAGCAGCAGCAGAGCAUGCAGCCGCCGCCGAACCUGCCGCCACCGAGCAUCCAGCAGCAGCAGAACCUGCAGCCGCCGCCCCAGCCACACCUCGGCGUGAGCUCGGCCGCCAGCGGCCACAUCGGCCGGAGCUUCCUGGGUGGGGAGCCGAGCCAGGCAGACGUGCAGCCACUGGGCCCCAGCAGCCUGGCGGUGCACACCACCCUACCACAGGACAGCCAAGCCCUGCCCACGCCACUGCCGUCCUCCCUGGUCCCGCCCAUGACCACCGCCCAGUUCCUGACGCCGCCCUCGCAGCACAGCUAUUCCUCUCCCAUGGACAACACCCCCAGCCACCAGCUGCAGGUGCCCGAGCACCCCUUCCUCACCCCGUCCCCCGAGUCCCCCGACCAGUGGUCCAGCUCCUCCCCACACUCCAACAUCUCCGAUUGGUCCGAGGGCAUCUCCAGCCCGCCCACCAGCAUGCAGUCCCAGAUCGCCCACGUCCCGGAGGCCUUCAAGUAAACAGGCGGCUCGUGCUUCCUUUCCCAGGCCCUGCCGGGCGGCCGCCGUGCGCUCCACGGAUGCCGGGCUGACCCAGGGAGCUUUUUUAGAAAGAAAUAUGUUUUUAUACAAAAUAAGAGAACGAGGACUUGAAAUUCUUUUUUUAGUAUUUAUUUAUGUACUUUUAUUUUACAUGGAAACACUGUCUUUUUAUUUAUAUGUACUGUUUUCUAUGGCACCGAUAGACUAGUUCUCAGUUGGGUUUUCUUACGUAGGAUAAAGAUUAUGUAUUUGUAAAAAAUAUAUAUAUAAACAAAGAUUCAUGAUUUAUAAAUGCCA